AUGGCCGACGAGAAACCCAAGGAAGGAGUCAAGACCGAGAACAACAACCAUAUUAAUUUGAAGGUGGUGGGGCAGGAUGGCUCUGUGGUGCAGUUUAAAAUUAAGAGGCAUACACCACUUAGUAAACUAACGAAAGCCUAUUGUGAACGACAGGAUCUGUCAAUGAGGCAGAUCAGAUUCCGGUUUGAUGGGCAGCCAAUCAAUGAAACAGACACACCUGCACAGUUGGAAACGGAGGAUGAAGAUACGAUUGAUGUGUUCCAGCAGCAGACAGGAGGUGUCUACUAAAAAGGGAACCUGCUACUUUACUCCAGAAUUUUGUUAUAGACCAAGAAUACAUUCGCAAUUAGAAAGCCGCAAUUUGGUUCCACCACAUCCUGACGACUACGGUAUAGUUUUCUCUAUUCUU